CUUCAAAGAAAUAAAAUCUUUUGUCAGUUGAGACAUCACAAUAGUUUUACAACAAAUACGUUUUUUUUUUUUUGAAGAGAAUAAAUAUAUUUAGUAAAUGGAGAAAUAAAUUUUAAUGGCAAAGGAAAAAACUCCAACAAUCAAAUGGGAAAUAGUGGAGAAAGUGAUGAGAGAAUGGGAUGAUUCAAAUCUCAACAAACAUUAUGGAAAGGCAAAACAAAAAAAAAAAAGAUUCUUCUGAAUUGGAGGGAACCUGAAAUGAGGUGGAAUAAACUUAAUGUUGAUGGCAAUUGGGACUAAUAAAACAAUAAGACAGGAGUUGUAGGAGUUAUCGGAAGAGAAAAAGGAAAAAUGGUGACAAGGUUUCUUUAUUCUAUUGGCGAUUGUUUUAUUGAUCAAGCAAAGUUGUGGGCGAUCUAUCAUGGAGUUAACAUUACCCAAAAAAAAAAACAUUUAGUUAAUUUACAAGACCCCAAGAAUAACAUAUUACAAUUCUUAAAAUCUGAUUUCCUGAAAUCGGCCAUCGGUUUUUUUUUUCUUCUUGCCAACGUGCAUGCAAUUCUCCUUCUAUUAAAAUUUCACAAUUUAAAAUAAUAGAAAAUAUAGUUUUUUAUAUAUACACGCCAAAAUAAGAAAGGAAAAAGAAUAAAAUAAAAAGGCAGAAAAAAAGAGAAACUUUGGCAACUUGUACUUGUUCCUGUUAAUACCGCUUCCUAGUCAACUCUCUCUGGUUCAUGUCAAGGGGAAAGACAGAGGAGAGAAAAAAGGAAAGGUGAAUUUGGAAAUCUUCGUUGAUUCGCGUUGAGCAUUUCCUUUCCUUUGUUGAGGAUAUAUGGAAGAGAAGAAAUUGAGAAUGCAAGAGAAGCCGGCCUCUACCAGAGAAAUUUUCUGCCUUUCAGGACCUUUACACCUCACUGCAGUUGACUGGAAUAACUUUCAUCAUCGAAGAUCUGUAGCUGCAAGCUUGGUUCAGGGAGUGUACAUUUUAGAACGUGACCGCCAACAGAAUCGCCAAGGCCCCCAAGCUCAUGCGCCGCCUUGGUGGGACUUCUUCAAUUUCCAGUUGAUCCAUCAGCUUGUAGAUGAUGUUGAUAGCUCCAUUUUUGGUGCCAUUUAUAAAUUCAAUUCUUUUGCUUUCAAUUACAACCAUUCUGCCCAAAGUGCUCCAAAUUAUGUUAUUGCCUUUCGGGGUACCAUAAAUAAGUCUGACAGCAUGUCUCGCGAUCUCAAGUUGGAUCUCCUGAGCAUCCGUAAUAAACUUCAUGAAAGCUCCCGUUUUCAACUUGCAAUGCAGGCUGUGCAGCGUAUAGUUGCGGUUGCUGGAACUUCAAGUAUUUGGUUAGCUGGCCAUUCACUGGGAUCAGCUAUUUCAUUGCUUGCUGGGAAGAAUGUGACUAAGAUGGGUUAUGGUAUUGAAACUUACCUCUUCAAUCCCCCAUUCUUCUCUGUCCCUCUAGGAAUAAUCAAGAAUGAAAAGCUGAAGCAUGGUAUUCGCUUUACAAACAGCAUAGUCAAAGCUGGAAUAGCUGUUGCUGUAAAGGGUUGCCAUCAGAGGCGUCAGCAAGAUGAUCCAUUUGUUUUACUGUCUGCAUGGAAACCAAACAUGUUUGUGAAUCCUGCAGAUCCUAUAUGCUCUGGGUAUAUCGGCUAUUUUAAACACAGGAAGAAGAUGGAGGAGAUUGGAGCUGGAAAAAUUGAGAGGAUUGCAACACAGAAUUCCGUAAGGAGUUUAUUGUCAGGUUCACUGAAGAGCGAUUCAGAACCUCUUCAUCUGCUUCCUUCAGCCUAUCUCACUAUCAAUUUGAGUCAGUCUCCAGAUUUCAAACGAGCUCAUGGAAUUCACCAGUGGUGGGAUCCUAGUUUUGUUGGUCAGAUAGAACUGCAUGAGUACAGGUAGUACUUCUAAGAACACUGCAUAAGGGAAAAGGUCUUUUCCUCUCUUUGUUUUUUUUUUUCCUUUCUGAGAUAUGCCUAAAGGACAGUUAUAUUACUGACUUAUUCGUUGAUAUGUCUAUUGAUUUUCUGUUUCCCAGUGUUAAGAAUCAGAUAGUGCUUGUAGCAUUCCAAUUUCUAAAACAUUAUAUCUACGUUGUGCAUGUUGCGGCUAUGUUUUUUUGUAAUGCAGAGGAACUUUGGUGGACUUGAGAAUCAUGCUUGGUCAUGUUGGUCUCUUCUUUGGUCUCACUUCAGGCUUUGCACUUCUUAAUCUAUACUAUCUAUCUAUUAGAAGAAUCCCAAAAGAAUUACAUGAUGACACUUGUCCAACACCUUGAAAUUAUUGUCUUACUUUUAGAUAAUGUUUGGUAUCAUUUUCAAAAUUAUUAUGAUAA